AUGGAUGUCAUCGCCCUUGCAAAUGUGCAUCUCCAACAUCUUCAUCCGCAAGUAAGGCGAGUAAGGCUUGAGGCCAUUGCACGAGAAUCUUCUCACCUCAACUUACUCGAAGAUUUCACUUCUGGACCAGCUCAGUGCGUCUUCAGAGCACUGGCUUGCAACAUAAGCAGGCCGAAACAUAUGACUCUGCUUGCACGGACGAUACAAUUGAAGAAGGAGUGCUCAAUAGGUGUUUGCUUUGAUGAUCUUGAGACCGAUACCAACAUUCGCGACUACUGUUCCAUAACUAUGGGUACUGUAACCGUUAAGAUCGCUGCAAGUGAACGAGACGAAAAUAGAAUUAGACACGGCUGUGGGCAUGUUCGGAGAGCAGCGACAAUGAGUGUACUCGGGCAGCGAUAA